AUGAAUUCAGACUCCAGCCCAAGCAGCAGAGCCUCAUCCCCGGACAUGGACGGCAUGUUUCUCCGUGACCACCACCCGCAUCACCAUCACCAUCAUCACCACAUUGGCUCCUCCGUGUCCUCCUCCACGCAGAGCGGCGAGCAGCAGCGCCAGAAGAUGACCGGGGGCGAGCACCUGCGCUCAGGAGAAGCAAAGUCCGCGUCGGUGGGAAGCAGCAGCAGUAGUAGCAGCAGCAGCAGCAGCAGCAACAAGUAUAAACUGAAGAAGCAAGUCACCGAGGAGGAAAUGUACCAGCUCCGUCUCAAGAUUAACGGCCGGGAGAGGAAGCGCAUGCACGACCUCAACCUGGCCAUGGACGGCCUACGCGAGGUGAUGCCCUACGCGCACGGGCCCUCAGUGCGGAAGUUGUCCAAGAUCGCCACGCUGCUUCUGGCCAGGAACUACAUCCUGAUGCUCACCAGCUCCCUGGACGAGAUGAAGCGGCUGGUAGGGGAGAUAUACGGAGGGCAGCACUCAGCCUUCCACUGCGGGACGGUGGCGCACGGCGCCGGCGGACACUCCGGAGGUCCCGCCGCUGCCGCCGCUGCAGCAGCCGCUGCCGCUCACCAGGUACACCCUCUUCUCGGGAGCGCGCUGUCUUCUUCCACGUCCUCCACUCUGUCCAGCGCGCUGCCGGGGCUCACGUCCAUCAGAGCACCCCAUUCCCUGAUGAAGGGCGCUCCAACUGCGCCCUCGGCCCUGCAGCUGGGCUCCGGUUUCCAACACUGGGCUGGGCUGCCUUGUCCCUGCACCAUCUGCCAGGUGCCUCCGCCUCCUCCACACAUCCCCAUCACCUCCACCGGCCUCACGAGACUCUCAGGGGAGGGGAAAGACGGGAUGAAAUGA